AUGUAUAUAGUUUAGUUCAGUGAAGAACCACAAGUGCACUAAAAGCCAAAUCAGAAAGAAAGAUUAAUAGUAUUAGGACUGAUUAGUAAUUAGUAACAAUAACAAUUUCGUACAGUUAAAUAUACAUUUCGUCAAUUGAUACAUAUAUAUAGAUAAAGGUCAUCUAUAUUAAUAGUUUGAAUUUACUCGGAGAUAACAGUAGCUAAGGACAAUGCCUUCUCGAGAGGAUUCUAGCCACAAGCAUAUGUCAAAAUUUAAAUUCUACAACAAACAUGAGGAAGCACGAAGAAGAAGAAGCAUAGUAUCUGUGGAACUACGUAAAGCCAAAAAGGAUGAUCAAUUAUCAAAACGCCGUAAUCUAGAUGCUGAACAAGAAACAUCAACCUCACCGAAGAAACCUAUUUCGCCAACUUUUUCAGUUUCUGUAGAUGAACUUGUAGAAAGAAUAUACUCGCAAGAUGAAACAACGCAAUUACAAGCGACUCAAAUAUGUAGGAAGUUACUCAGCCGCGAAAAAAACCCACCUAUAAAUGAUAUAAUAGAAAGUGGCAUAAUACCGCGAUGUGUCGAGCUCUUGGAUCGUGAUCACAAUGUUCCUCUGCAAUUUGAAGCAGCAUGGGUAGUGACUAACGUCGCUUCAGGUACAUCCGAUCAAACACAAAGUGUUAUCAAACACGGAGCUGUACCAAAGUUAGUAAAGCUGCUCAGAUCCACAUCACCCAACGUCGCGGAACAAGCAGUAUGGGCUUUAGGAAACGUAGCCGGAGAUGGACCUUAUGCGCGGAAUCUCGUUCUUGAAUACGACGCUUUACCUCUGUUAUUGGAUUUGAUUAAACCUGAUACCUCUGUAACAUUCAUGCGCAAUAUUGUUUGGACUUUAUCAAAUUUGUUUCGAAAUAAAAAUCCACCGCCACCAUUCGAAGCAAUCAAACCUGCUCUGCCUGUAUUCAAUCAUCUACUUCUAAAUACAGAUUCAGAAGUACUCGCCGACACUUGUUGGGCACUCUCUUAUCUCACCGACGGGUCUAACGAUAAAAUACAAGCUGUAUUGGAGACUGGCAUUAUACCGAAACUCGUGGAGUUGCUCGCUUCGAAUAUAGUAGCUAUCCUUACUCCGGCGUUGCGUACGGUUGGAAAUAUCGUAACAGGUGACGAUGUUCAAACGGACGCUGUCAUCUCCGCGGGCGGAUUACCGCGUCUUUGUACAUUGUUGCACCAUAAUCGUCACAAUAUCGUAAAGGAAGCCGCUUGGGCAAUCAGUAAUAUUACGGCUGGUAAUACCGAGCAGAUUCAACGUGUUAUCGACGCUGGCUUGUUACCGCCAUUGAUAGAUGUACUUAAACAUGGAGAUUACAAGUCGCAGAAAGAAGCCGCAUGGGCUGUAACCAAUUUGACAUCCGGUGGAACGAUUCAACAUCUCUCGCAGCUAGUAGGAUCAGGAGUAUUGUCGCCUUUCUGUAAUUUGUUGGAAGCAAAAGAUUGGAAUAUUGUAAUUGUUGUCUUGGACGGUCUGACUAAUAUUUUGCAAGCUGCCGAAAAAAUGGGAGAAUCCGAUAGAAUCGCCAUUAUGAUAGAGGAAAUCGGAGGGUUGGAUAAGUUGGAGACUCUUCAACAUCACGAGAACGAACAAGUUUAUCAAAGAUCUUUGGCUAUAAUCGAUACGUAUUUCACCGGAGAGGAUGGCAAUGAAACAACGGCUGUCUCUUCCAAUGUAGAAGAGAACGGUGAACACUUUGAAUUCAACGUAACAGAAAAUUAUUCGUCAACGGAUAAAUUCAAUUUUUAAAUAAGUUUUAUUUCUUUUUUGUACAUCCAGGUUGUGUGGAUACAUACAUAUCGCAAAACGACAAAUUUGUGUAAAUAUAACCGCGGCUUGUAUAGCUCUGUCUAUCUUGAGAUAAAAUCACGUUGCACUUUAAAUAUUUUUCUCUUAUUAUUCACAACAAGUUCGAUCAUUCUAAUUCAUCAAACGAUAGAAUAUUGUCUUCCUUUUCGUUCUUUGUAUAUUGUUGAGACAAACUUUCUUUUACCGGUGUUGGAAACAUUUCUGAGAUGGCUUCUGGAUGUUUCUCACAUUGAUCUUUUGAAUUUGAAUUUGUGUAUUUGGCAAAUAAAUUUCUCAACAAUUUCAGAAUAACUUCAUCUUGUGUUAAUUUUAAUCAAUAUAUACAAUUUUCGCGCGUAUAAAUAAAUUUAUUGGAAGCAUUAAUUUAGCGCAAUAAUCAAGUUUUAUAAUAAUGUGAAGAUAAUCCAUUUCUCUAUAUAAGAAUGAUUUAUAACAAGAAACGAUUGUAUUUUCUCAUUGAUAUA